AUGGGGAAGCAGCAGCGGGAGGAGGCGCUCCUCCGCGCCGCCUCCGACGGCAACCUCCGACUCCUCAAGAAGAUGGCGCGGUGGAUGGGCUCAGGGGGCCAUGGCGAGGCCGCAGUCCUGGCGGCUGUGGAGGAUGGCGAAGGGGACCGCGCUCUCCACCUGGCGGCCAGGGAGGGGCGGGUUGAGGUCUGCAGGUACCUCGUCGAGGACCUUCGCCUCGAUGUCAAUCAACUCAACUUCAUAGGUGACACGCCACUGUUCCUUUCUGCCACUUAUGGGAGAGCUGAUGCUGCAAGAUAUCUUCUUGAUCAUGGUGCUGAUCCACUAGCUGGCAAACUACACUCGCCUCUCUGUGGCGCUGCAAUGCAAGGACAUUGUGAAAUAGUAGAACUGCUGCUUUCAAGAGGAAUCGAUGUGAAUUUAGAUUAUGCACAAGGGACACCAUUGCAUGCAGCUGCUAUUUCUACACGACAUGACGCAAUGAAGAUUUUGUUGGAGCACCAUGCCGAUCCUAACAAGGUUUGUGGUCUUGGUUACACCCCAUUGAGUUGGGCCCUCCGGGCCAUCAGGCCCAUGCCAAGAGAGUCGUUGGAAUGUGUCAAGCUGCUUGUUAAGGCUGGUGCUGAUCUGAAUUUUAUUGACUUCGGUGGUGGUAGUUACGUGAUGUUGGCAGUGAAGUUUGGCUUACCUGGUAUCAUGAAGUUCUUACUAAAUGCUGGUGCUAACCCCAAUAUUCCUGAUGAAUGUGGUCGCACACCAAUUGAAGUUGCUGCCUCUACAGGCAGUAGGGACAUGGUUGAAAUGUUAUUCCCUUUAACUUCUCCUAUUUCAACGCUGCCGGACUGGAGUAUUGAUGGAAUCAUUUCUCAUGGGAAACACUAUGGUUUGAAGCCAGGGGAUAAACAAAUGUGUGCAAAGAGAAGAAUAGAACUAAAACAGAAAGCUUCGGAGGCUUUUAAGAGAGGGGAAUAUUUUAUGGCAUCGGAGAUGUAUAGUUGUGCAAUGUCAUUUGACCCUAGUCCAGAUGAGUAUGCAACCAUAUUGGCAAAUAUGAGUCUCUGCGCGUUGCGUGCUGGAAAUGGAAGAGCUGCUCUGUCUUAUGCUACCAUGUGCAGAAUGGGGCGACCUCUUUGGCCAAAAGCCUGCUACCGAGAAGGGGCAGCUCUUAUGUUAUUGAAGAAGUACGAGAGAGCAUGUGAGGCUUUUGUGGAUGGCUUGAAGCUUGACCCUACAAAUGGUGAUCUCGCAAAUGCUUUCAGGGAAAGGAGUUGUACACAGAUUUCUGACAAUGUUCAUGUUCAAAAUAUUUUGGUCGCAGGGAAGCCCAAGAGGCAGCGAAGAAUGCUCGUUGCCCUGGAAAGUAACUGA